AAUUUCAUUAUCACAAUGUUAUUACUAUUAUAACCACCUUGUUAUGACAAAUGUAAUCAUUUUAUGCAUGUUCAUUUCACUAGAUGUGAUCAUUUGUAUGCAUGUUUAUUUUAUUAGAUGUGUUUAAUCACACUCAAUAUUCACAGUGGUAAUUCACUUCAUAUUAGCUCGUUUUGCAGAGUUACCUUGUAGGCCAUUCCGACAUUUGUGUACGUGCUAGCUUGCAGAGAAACCUUGUCUGAUAACCAUUUUUGAGUAAACACCAGGAUGUGAACGUGAAGAGGUUAUGCUGACAUUUCUGACGGGAAACAACCCUAAAAAAGUCUGCCUGGGAACAGAAGGGAGUUUCCGUCUUGGGAUAGAAGGGAGAUUCUGAAGGAUGCCGUUGCAAGUGGGAAACCUUAUGUCCAUACAUGGUUUAAGGUUCCGGAUACAGCGGAGCGGGGAUAAAUAAUGGCUCUGAGAGACUGUUACUCUCAGAGCACUUUCAGAGCGUGAUGAUUUCAUGACUGAUUGUACUCUCAAUAAUUUGCAUUAAUAAAAACUUGUUACUCAUCUGACACGACUCAGAACUUAAUAUUUGUCUUUAUUAAUCGUCACAGGUAUUUCCACCACAAACUGGCGUCACGAGACAGGAUCCCAGAGUGAUCGACGGACGGAGAAAGGUCCCUCUCAUCGAGGACGCUCUCCGGUGAGACCGGACCCAAAACGAGGAAGGCCCACAGACAAAGGGACAGUACCGUGGGGGUGAAGGGGGGCAGGUCUCCGUCCGCCGAUCUGACGGGAUUUAAUAAGAACCUUGGUGGUAAAAGCUGUGCUACCUCAACCAGCUGACCAACCCUUCCAUAACCACAAGCCAGGAGACUGGGUGCUGAUCAAGGAUCUGCGGAGACGAAGGUGGAACCAGCAAAGGUGGACUGGACCUCAUCUUGUGCUCCUGACGACCCACACUGCGCUGAAGAUUGAAGGACGUGGAACCUGGGUUCAUCACACACACUGCAAGAAGGCCCCCACCAAACCUGAAGAAGAGGAAGCUCUGGUUGAUCAGUGAGUGGGUGUCUUAAGGUCUCACGGCUGGUGGGACGAGUGCGAUUGGGCGUGCCCGCACUCUGAGCACUAAAGUGUCUACAUAGGCUAGGGGCACCCACCCUGAUAAACCAGUAUCACCAUGCUGUGGCUGUUAAUGGUGGUGACCCUCCUACCUGGGUCCCAUCAGUCCCUUCAGGACCGAGUGGAACAACAGUGCUUUGGAAACAAAGCAUGCAUGGCCACAGUAGCAGCAGCUGACGAGGUGUCUCCCAACAGAGAAUGUAUUGUCUGCCAUAAGCUUGCUGUCCCCUGGAUACCGACUCCUUUAAACAAUGUGACCGCUGCUACAUUGCUGAAGGAUCCAGCAGACUGUGCUCUAGACAGGCAGAUGGCAUUUAUGCUAAAUGUAUCAGCCCAUUUCGCAGCCACGAAACAAAGCCCUCCAUUUAAUGGAAAUGUGACUGCUAUGUUUCAGAUGAUGCCCCAAUGUAACAUGACCCACCCCGGACCAAGAUAUGAGCCAAAAUUUGCGAACAUGUCUUUCACCACGGUGCCCCCUCUCAAUGCAUCCACCUGCAUGUGCUCAUCUGGAAUAAGAGGAGGGCCUCGUUUAGGGUACACUGACUGUAAAGUUAACAUCACCUUCUAUGAUAGCUUAGGCUUCAACUGUUCAAUAUCGGAUGGCACUCACACCGUGAGACCCAACUACACAGAAUGUCACAUCAUGUCAGGGGCCCGUACUUCGGGACCUGUGAGCUGGGUGUGUGGCCAAACUGCCUACACCAAUCUACCACAAAAGAAGAGCCGAAACGGGACUUGGGUCCACUCAUUCCCUUGGAAUGGGUGUUGCACUCCAGCUAUGGUGGUCCCACACAUGGCAGUUCUCCCUAAGAACUCUUUGACUAGGAAACGACGAGCCGUGGGUUCGAAAUACAACGGGUAUGUCCUGGCUGACCCUUGGACAACACCUGGAGCAUCAGUUGGAUGGUCCCUUUUCCUAGGAGGUGGAACAACUGCUACUUUGAAUAAGAUCAAUGGACUUGCAUGGCAAAUGUUGGUUAUGGCUAAUAGUAGCACCGAAGCCUUUUUUCUAAUAAAUGCAGAGAUGAGGGCCAUACGUCAGGCUGUACUUCAGAAUAGAAUGGCUCUUGAUCUUUUGCUAUCCCAUGAAGGGGGAGUGUGUCAGGUUUUGAACACCUCUUGUUGUUUUUCAAUUCCAGACUAUUAUGAGAACAUCACUGACCUUGUAAGUCACAUGAAACAAGCAAUCCAUGAACCUCCACCUGUGAAUGAGCCAUGGCUAGCAUGGCUGGAGUCUUUUUUAGGGCCAUGGGGACGUUGGCUACUGCCUAUGGUCCUCCCUAUUAUUUGUUUGGGACUCCUUAUCCUAUGUAUCGUACCAUGUGUUAUGAAUUGUAUCUCAAAUAUGAUUACUCGUGCAUUCAGUCACUACCAGAUGUUUCAGAUGAUUCCAGGUGACGAAGACCCUGUUAUAGGGCUAUCCCUAAUGCUUACUGAGGAACCUCAGUAUGAGAAUCCGAGCAAUGUGUAGGAAAUUGUGUGAGUUGAUUCCUAGAAUCAAAAGGGAGGAGUGACGUGGGAAAUUUCAUUAUCACAAUGUUAUUACUAUUAUAACCACCUUGUUAUGACAAAUGUAAUCAUUUUAUGCAUGUUCAUUUCACUAGAUGUGAUCAUUUGUAUGCAUGUUUAUUUUAUUAGAUGUGUUUAAUCACACUCAAUAUUCACAGUGGUAAUUCACUUCAUAUUAGCUCGUUUUGCAGAGUUACCUUGUAGGCCAUUCCGACAUUUGUGUACGUGCUAGCUUGCAGAGAAACCUUGUCUGAUAACCAUUUUUGAGUAAACACCAGGAUGUGAACGUGAAGAGGUUAUGCUGACAUUUCUGACGGGAAACAACCCUAAAAAAGUCUGCCUGGGAACAGAAGGGAGUUUCCGUCUUGGGAUAGAAGGGAGAUUCUGAAGGAUGCCGUUGCAAGUGGGAAACCUUAUGUCCAUACAUGGUUUAAGGUUCCGGAUACAGCGGAGCGGGGAUAAAUAAUGGCUCUGAGAGACUGUUACUCUCAGAGCACUUUCAGAGCGUGAUGAUUUCAUGACUGAUUGUACUCUCAAUAAUUUGCAUUAAUAAAAACUUGUUACUCAUCUGA